GUUAUUCUGAUUAUACGACAUGGCGUUUGAGACUAAGCCUCCCAGGGCUUACUGCGAAUAUUAUGAAAAUGAAGCAGUGUUGCUCCGAGUUGUGAUGGAGUUUCAGUCUCUUGCGUCCGGGAGAGAAGAAGAGUCAUAAAGAACUUAGGCACCUGAAAUGGCAUGUAGACGUGCUGUCUCCACCACGGCUACCCUUGCCACGAGACGUUUCCAUCCUUCAUUGAGUCACGUCCUUCAUGAUAACAAUGAGGAUACUAAAUCACAUUCACCGAGUUCAAGCACUCAACCCAACAUAAAGAGUAUUUUGCCAAGUGGAUCUUACAACUCGACAGUUGGAUUUAGCUUUGGUUCUCAAAGUAGAGGGAGGACAUGCUCAUCAUUGGCUUGGAAAAUGGGCCUUGGAUCCUUUCAUUAUAGGCAUAUGUCAACCACAAUUGGUGAUGGGUCUGAUAAGAUGGAUGACAUUGGAUAUGUUGCAGAGGUUAUUACAGAUAAGACUGUGGAAGUAGUUACCUCCCAAGGACCGGCUGUGAGUGAAGUGGCUGUUGCUGCAGCAGAUUCUUUCUUGCCUGUUGCUGGCCUACAAUACUUGAUCGAUUUCGUUCAUUCUCUUACCGGAUUGAAUUGGUGGGCAUCAAUAGCUUUAACAACUAUUUUGAUUCGAGUGGCUACAAUUCCUCUUCUUAUUGAUCAACUCAGGGCUACUACAAAGCUCAAUUUGAUGAGGCCUCGUUUAGAGCAGUUGAAACAAGAGAUGCAAAAUAUGGAAGCAGAUCCUGAGGUUUUAAGAGAAGGUCAGAAACGGAUGAUGGCAUUGUUCCAUGAAUACGGAGUCACUCCAUUUUCUCAAUUGAAAGGAUUAUUCAUUCAAGGUCCUAUUUUCAUCAGCUUCUUUCUUGCUAUUAGAAACAUGGCUGAGAAAGUUCCGUCUUUUCAAAAUGGUGGAGCUCUCUGGUUUACUGAUCUCACUACUCCAGAUAGCAUGCUGAUCCUUCCAAUUCUGACAGCAAUGACAUUCUGGAUCACAGUUGAGUGCAACAUGCAGGAAGGUCUGGAAGGAAAUCCUGUUGCCCAAACUAUGAAAACCUAUUCUAGAAUCCUAGCUGUCAUUGCAGUUCCAGUUAUGAUGAGCUUCCCCAAGGCACUGUUCUGUUAUUGGCUCACCUCCAACAUCUUCUCUCUUACAUAUGGAUUAGCAAUUAGGCGUCCAGAGGUGAAGAGUUUACUUAAUCUUCCUGAAAUUCCUGAGCCACCUCCUACUGCAUCACAGCCUCCAUUUUCUUUGUUUGAAGCAGUUAAAAAAGACACUACUAUUGAAUCCGAACCUUCAUUACGCACAGAGACAUCGAAGGUUUCUGACAGAAGCAUAUCGUCGUCUUCAAUUCUCAAGCAGAGACUCAAAAGUCUAGAGAAGCAUGUCAAGGGGAAAAAGAAACAAAAUUAGUCAAAGAUCUACCUGAACCCAUUCCAUAUUUCCAUGGUGCACGGACCCCGCUUUCUGAAGCAAAGGACUUUGGCACAAUAAUAAUGUGCUAAUCAGUUGGUUAUAAUUUAGGACUAGACGGCGAAUAAGUCAGUUAACAGUGGAUUCCCUUUUGAUAGAACAACUUCGUAGUUAGUACAUUAUGAUCUGUUUCUAUCUGUAUUGACAUUAAACUUGGUUUUCUGUACCUCUUUUCAAAUACAAAGGUGCAUAAACCUCGGAGAAAAAUUCUCUGUUUUUGGUUUAGGAAA